CAGUAUUAGCAAAUUUAUUAAUAUCAAACGCUGUAUAUACUAUCCAAGAGAAUACGUAAUGAGGGUGGGUAUUAAGCGUUUGAGUUUUGACACGCAAGCAAAUUGCAGCUUUCAAACAACCCGAGGAUAUAUUUACAUUAACACUGGAGACAUCAUAAUGGACAACACACUAGACAGUUUGUUGCGUGUAAAUCGAUUUCUUUUGUCAUCUCUCGGACAAUGGCCACAGCAAGAUCGAAUUUCGAAAACAUGUACGAUUAUAAGUGCUAUAUUUUUUCUAAUUACUCAAGGAUAUUUACAGACCGGAGGAAUGAUAGCUGCAUGGUGUGAUCAGCCAAUAUUUAUGGAAUCAAUACCACCAGUUUUAAUAAGCAUAGUAUGUGUUUUUAAAUUUAUUAAUUUUAACUACAAUGCCGACAAGAUGAGAACACUUCUCGAAAGCAUACAAUCCGAUUGGAAUUCAAUAAAUGAUGAAGAAGAAAUGAAAAUCUUAAACUCAUGGACUAAAGACAGUAGAAAAAAUACAAUUAUGUAUGCAGGUGCCGUUUACGGAUCUAUGGUUCCUUUUAUGCUGGGCCCACUGGUGCCCAUAUUUUGCAAACUCUUGCCCGAGGGAUUGUUACCCGCGAAUAGUAGUAUCGCUUCAGCGAAACCACUGAUGUUUCAUGUCGAAUACUUUUAUGACGUAGAAAAAUAUUAUUACCCGCUACUUAUACACUCAUAUUUCGGUACAAUGACAUACAUCACUGUCGUUAUUGCUAUUGAUACGAUGUUCAUGGUUUAUGUACAACAUGCCUGCGCAAUAUUUGUGGUCGUUGGAAAUCGUUUGGAACAUCUAGUGGACCAUGAUAAUAUCAAUAUUAAUUUAAAACCAAAUAUUUCGAACGACGAAUCCUAUAGUCGAAUGGUCAAGUGUAUUAUUGAGCACAGUAAGGCUCUUGAGUAUGCGCAGUUGAUUGAGUCCGCAAAUUCAUUUUCAUUUUUUUUUCAAUUGGGAUUCAAUAUGAUUACCAUCAGUUUCACUGGUUUCCAAGCUAUUACGAAAUUGGAUCGUCCUGACGAAGCUUUCAGAUAUGCGACUUUUACGAUUGCCCAAACAUUCGUUUUAUUUUUUUUAAGCUGGCCGUCACAGAGAUUAGCUGAUGAAAGUACACGAAUAAUUGAAGCCACGUUUGUAAACUUAACUAGAUCCGCAUGGUACCUGACUUCGAUUAGAUCACGAAAGCUACUUCAACUAUUUAUACUGAGGAGUUCUGUCCCAUGUCAAUUAACAGCAGGGACUUUUUAUAUUUUGAAUAUGGAAAAUUUUAGCGCAGUGGUGCGUACGUCAAUGUCAUAUUUUAUGGUUUUGUGUUCAAUGCAGUGAUCCUUAUUUCAGAAUACUCAAAUGUAUACACGUCAAAUGAUCGUACUAAACAUAUGACAUGUAGAAUAUUCAAUAAAAUUAAAAGUUUUUCAAAUGCAAAAUAGAAUACAUCUACAUUUGUGUUAGUGGAAUAAAUUGUGUGAAGCAAUCGUUAUGUUUUUUUGUAUUACAAUAAAAUAAUAUAAGAAUUUUUAAUCGUAAAAAAACUGUCAAUACUUGGAAUAAAUGAAAAAAUUGAAGGUAACUGUGAACUCGAUUUGUUAAUCAUAAUUAUAUUAGAAAUGAAGACGGUCUAUAAUCAUUUUGAAUUUGAUUUUUAUAGUUUUAUGAUAAAUUAGCAACUCAUAAUCGUAAAAAAAAAAAAAAUUUGUACCUCCAUUUACCUCCAACCAUUGAGUUUACCUAGAAUUUCGCAGCUAUUUUGACACUGGUAAAUUUUUAUUUCAUCAUUGCACAGAUUUUGAAAAUAGCCAAUAUGUCUAUACAGAAAAUAUAUUUUUUUUUUUUGUAAUGUCUGAGUUCAACUUUUUUUUAUUGAAAUAGAUCUUUUGUAUAAA